UCCGGGGCUUGGGUCAAAGGACAUCCUGGAAGAGGCACUGCUGCUAACUUCUUGUCGCCGGCUCCUGACCCUUCCCAGGACCCGUGAUGCCAAGGCAGCUGCAAGGGGCGACGAACUGUCGGGGUUGAGCCCCGAGCGAGCUGAGGGCUCGCGCUCUUCUAGUCUCCCGGGCCUGCCCCACCUGAAGAAAUGAGUGGUGGAUUGGCCCCAAGUAAAAGCACAGUGUAUGUAUCCAACCUGCCCUUUUCCCUGACCAACAAUGACUUAUACCGGAUAUUUUCCAAGUAUGGCAAAGUUGUAAAGGUUACUAUAAUGAAAGAUAAAGAUACCAGGAAGAGUAAAGGGGUUGCAUUUAUUUUAUUUUUGGAUAAAGACUCUGCACAAAGCUGUACCAGGGCAAUAAACAACAAACAGUUAUUCGGUAGAGUGAUAAAAGCAAGCAUUGCUAUUGACAAUGGAAGAGCAGCUGAGUUCAUCCGAAGACGAAACUACUUUGAUAAAUCUAAGUGUUAUGAAUGUGGGGAAAGUGGACACUUAAGUUAUGCCUGUCCUAAAAAUAUGCUUGGAGAACGUGAACCUCCAAAGAAGAAAGAGAAAAAGAAAAAAAAGAAAAUUCCUGAACCAGAGGAAGAAAUUGAAGAAGUAGAAGAAAGUGAUGAUGAAGGGGAAGAUCCUGCUCUUGACAGCCUCAGUCAGGCCAUAGCUUUCCAGCAAGCCAAAAUUGAAGAAGAACAAAAAAAAUGGAAACCCAGUUCAGGGGGUCCCUCAACAUCAGAUGAUUCAAGACGCCCAAGGAUAAAGAAAAGCACAUAUUUCAGUGAUGAGGAGGAACUUAGUGAUUAAAAUUAUAUAUAUUAUGUCAAUAUCAUUAAAAAAUUUUUUAAAUCUUGGAGUAUCAAGUUCCAUUGGGACUAAAGAUUACUUUUAGAAUUUGAACAUAAGAACACUUAGUACCAAAUAGUUUUUUACUUUAAAAUAGUUCAUAGGAAAUUGAAAAGUAAUUUUAAAGUAUGUUUAUCUUGCAUCAAGAUUUGCUAAUAAUCAUUAAUCUUGAAAACAGUUCAUUUGAAUAAAAAAGAAAACUUAGUACUAUCAUAAUAAUGCUAUUGUCAUCCCAAGAAAAAACGUAGAUAAGUAAAAAGAUUUGUUUGAGAAGUUCAUUAUAAAAGUUUAUUCAUGAUUGGCUUAUUUGAGGACUUUUGAAAUAAAUUUCAUCUUUAAAACAAAAACCUCUUAAAGACUGAAAAGGUUGAAUGAUUUAUUGUGAUUAAUGUUAAUAAAAUUUUCUCAAGAGAAUUUUAUUUUUAAAUGUAGGUGUUUUUGUCAUCUUAUUUCUUUUACCUUUAUCCCAAUCUGGAUACAUUGUAAUUACCCAUAAAAUUUAAAGUAGAGUAGCUCUCAAAGGUUUGUAACCAAAGAGCAGUAAUUUGUCCUUUGGCACAAAGUUCCAUUCCCCAAAAACAGCCAGCUUCUAUAUUUGUGCCUUUUCACUUGUACAUACAUCUUGCUAAAUAAAAUACAUAUAUUUCUGCCACUUAAUCCAUAAAAGGAUGAAAGAAGACUUUUCAAUCUCCUAUACUCCCCUCUGCCCUCCUCCACCUUCCCAACAUGGCUACGUUAAAAUUUUUGGUUAAAUCCAUAUUUUAUUGUUUUUAUUUUAGGACCAUUGAAAUACUGUUCAGAGCUAAUGAGUGUGCUAUGAUUACAUUUUUCCUAGAGUUAAUAAUUGCCUGGUUUUUUUCAUGUAUUAUAUUUCUUUGUAUUUAUGACUGAAGCUUCCCAUACCUUUUGCAGAUGGAUAUAUGGGAAUGGGAUUACGGAGCCUUUAAUUUUCUACUUUCUCUAUUUCUGUACUAUUGAAUGCUUUUUAAAAGAACAUCUAUUUAUUAGUUUCUUAAUUGCUAAAAGCAAUAAAAAUAUUUCCACUUUGAAAACUAUAAAGGCAAUGAAAGUGUUAACCCCUUACCAGCAAAAUAUCUUCUAGAUCUCAGUGAGGAAACCAGACAAAAAGGUUGAAUGCUGGACUCUAUUUUCUGUUUCACCCAUUAAUUCAUCAAAUUUAAAGCAAAGAAAAAAAUUGGGAAAAAACAUGCCACAAAAUACAGAAAAGUUUAUAUGAAUACCUUAAAACAGAAUAGAGAAUGAGCUAGUGACAUAAACAAUAUAUAGAAAAUUUAAAAUAGUAAAUGAAAAUAUUUUAUCACUGGCUAAUUUCUGAAGGGUAAUUUAACAAGUAUCAACUAUUAAGUAUGUUCUAUUGUUUGAACUAGAAACAACAUUCUCUUUUAUCCUAGGGUUCUAGUCAGAAAUACAAAUAUUUAUGUACAAAGGUAUAUAUUGUUAUUUAAAAUUCAGAACACAAAUAGUUAAAUAUCAACAAAAGAUAAAGCAUGAUACAUACAAAAUGAUUAUUAGAAAGCAUUAAAAUGUUUCAGAGAAUUCCUAAUGGGAUGGAAAAACAUUAUGGAUUUAAUGGCAAGUGCAAAAUACCUGCUGUGUAUGGAUACAUACAUGCAUAUGGAUGGGAAAGUCAACAACUAAGGUAGUAAUGGCAUAGCAGUUAAGACUAUAGUCUCUUGACGGACAUACCUAGGUUUCUGUGGCCACGUUUCCACUUAGAGUUGAUGGCCUGAGGCCAUUUACUUAACCUGAGUUCUCUGAAAAAUAAAAAGGUACAAACAACACCAAAAGACAAAUAUUGUAUAAUUCUACUUAUACGAGGUACCUACAUUAGGUAAAUUGAUAGAGACAGAGUAGAAUCGAGGUUACCAGGGACUGGGAGGAAGGGGGAAGGGAGUGUUAUUGUUUAAUGGGUACAGAAUUUUUGUUGGGGAUGAUGAAAAUGUUUUAGGUGUAGACAGUGGUGGUGGUUACACAGCGUUGUGAAUGUACUUAAUGCCACUGAAUUGUAUACUUAAAAACGGUUAAAAUGGUAAUUUUUUUUUUUUUUUCCUGUGGUACAUGGGCCUCUCACUGUCGUGGCCUCUCCCUUGCAGAGCACAGGCUCCGGACUUGCAGGCUCACGGGCGGCCAUGGCUCACGGGCCCAGCCGCUCCGCAGCAUGUGGGAUCUUCCCGGACUGGGGCACGAACCCAUGUCCCCUGCAUUGGCAGGCGGACUCUCAACCACUGCACCACCAGGGAAGCCCUAAAAUGGUGCCUAUUCUGGAACUGCUGGUUAUAAUUUUCAGAAACUGCUGCCUAUUCUGGAACUGCUGGUUAUAAUUAUCACAGAAAACAGAUGGCCACAUGUAAUAGGACAUAUUUAUAUUAUAAGUAUUAACUUAAUUCAUUUCUUUGUUUUAUAUUCCAUAAGUGUGUGUAAUUUGUGGUACACAACAGUGAUCACGAAAUAUUUAGGCAUUAAUACGUGUAAAUAGUAAAAGAGAAGUACUUGAAAGCUUUACAUAGAAUAUACCAGAGCUAGAUCAGUAAUUUAGGCACAAUUGUUUGUAGAGGAGUGAAGCAUGAUUUUAAAAGGGGAGGUAAAGGAUCACUGGAUCACAUAACUGAGACAUUUAGCUUCAGAAAUGGAUGAAGGGGUUAAAAAUCUAAUUACAAAUCUCUUUUUCUUUGUCUCUUAACCACUGCUUUCCUCUGUACUACCUUUGUUUUCCACAAACUUGCUUUAUGAGAUAGCAGGGUUGACCACCAGUAUCUCUAAAGCUAGGAAUCCUAAGAAUGAGAACUCGUCUCCCCCAACGGUUCCAGCAAAAGUCCCAAGAAAAGCCCUAAUAUGCCAGUCCUGUGUCCCAGUCCCCAUUCUGGAAGAUGAGUAGGUCAGUCCGACCCAACUCACAUGGAUAUUCCCAUGCAAUGUGGUAUUUAUGUUCAGUUUGGAAUCAACGUGGAAGUUCCUUAUCUUGUCAAGCCUGUUAGGCUCUCCCUUCAUCAUUGUCAAAGGCAGAAUACUGAGGCAGCUGAGCGGGAUGCACAGAGAAAACAGAUGCAGCACCAAACAAAAAAGCUAUUUCCCGGGCUUCCCUGGUGGCGCAGUGGUUGAGAAUCUGCCUGCUAAUGCAGGGGACAGGGGUUCGAGCCCUGGUCUGGGAAGAUCCCACAUGCCGCAGAGCAAGUGAGCCCGUGCGCCACAACUACUGAGCCUGCGCGUCUGGAGCCUGUGCUCCGCAACAAGAGAGCCGCGAUGAGGCCCGCGCACCGCGAUGAAGAGUGGCCCCCGCUUGCCACAACUAGAGAAAGCCCUCGCACAGAAACGAAGACCCAACACUGCAAAAAUAAAUAAAUUAAUAAACUCCUACCCCCAACAUCUAAAAAAAAAUUAUAUAAAAAAAAAAGAAGCUAUUUCCCAUAGUCAGCAAUGUUCACGGGUAACUUGCAAAACAUGGAAGGAGGGUAAAGGCUCUUUGGAAAGCAGUUUGAUAAGCACUGUUACUUGAAGUAACAACGUAAGCAACUGCAGUCAGAGAGCAAGCCCAAGACAACAGGAUGGGUUUAGCCAUUGUCAAUUAUUUUAAAAAUUGCUUUCAUAAGAUCCAAAUUUUCAGAAUCCUUAGGUACUGUUACAGAUGGAACCAAUUAAUAAUUUUAGUUAAGCUCUGGUACCUAGAAUAAGCAGACCAGAAAUACAACACCUUUUAUAGAAUGUGGUCUUUUAAGCAGAUUCCUUUCUGGAAUUGUUGCAUUUUUUAUCACUACAUCUUUCCAAAUACAUGGCUUUUUUUUUUCCUCUGAUUGUAUUUUUCUUUUCCAUUAUGGUUUAUUACAGGAUGUUGACUAUAGUUCCCUGUGCUAUACAAUAGGACCUUGUUGUUUAUCCAUUCUAUAUAUAAUAGUUUGUUUGCAUGUGCUAGUCCCAAACUACCAAUCCAACCCUCUCCCACCCCCCUCCCCCUUGGCAAUCACAAGUCUGUUCUCUAUGUCUGUGAGUCUGUUUCUGUUUCAUAGAUAAGUUCAUUUGUGUCAUAUUUUAGAUUCCACAUGUAAGUGAUAUCUUUCUCUUUCUGACUUACUUCACUUAGUAUAAUAAUCUCUAGGUCUAUCCAUCCAUGUUGCUGUAAAUGGCAUUAUUUCAUUCUUUCUUAUGGCUGAGUAAUAUUCCAUUGUAUAUAUGUACCACAUCUUUAUCCAUUCUUCUGUCGAUGGACAUUUAGGUUGUUUCCACAUCUUGGCUAUUGUAAAUAUUGCUGCUGUGAACAUAGGGGUGCAUGUAUCUUUUCGAAUUAUAGUUUUGUCUGGAUAUAUGCCCAACAGUGGAUUUGCAGGAUCGUAUGGCAACUCUACUUUUAGUUUUUUCAGGAACCUCCAUACUGUUCUCCAUAGUGGCUGCACCAAUUUACAUUCCCACCAACAGUGUAGGAGGGUUCCCUUUUCUCCACACCUUCUCCAACACCAAAUGCAUGGCUCUGUGUGAAACACAUAACCUUUUAUAAGGAGAUGGUAUAAUUUGGUGAGAUUUAUUCCAGGAUGGAAGGAUGAUUCAACAGCCACAAAUCAAAACACCAUAUAAACAAAACAAAGGAUAAAAAUCAUAUGAUCAGGCUUCCCUGGUGGCGCAGUGAUUGAGAGUCCACCUGCCGAUGCAGGGACACGGGUUCGUGCCCCGGUCCAGGAAGAUCCCACAUGCUUGCGUACCGCAAAAAAAAAAAAAAAAAAUCAUAUGAUCAUCUCAAUAGAUGCAGAAAAAGCACCUGACAAAAUUUGGUAUCCAGUUAUGAUAAAAACUCUCAACAAAGUUGGUAUAAAGAGAAUAUACCUCAACAUAAUAAAGGCUACAUGUGACAAACACACAACUAACAUAACUCAAUGGUAAAAAGCUGAAAUCUUUACCUCUAAGAUCAGGAACAAAACAGGGAUGCCCAUUAUCACCACUUUUAUUCAACAUCAUAUUGGAAUUCCUAGCCACGGCAGACAAGAGAAAGAAAUAAAAGAAGCCCAAAUUGGAAAGGAAGAAGUAAAACUCACUAUAGGCUGAUGACAUGAUAGUAUAUAUAGACAUCCCUAAGCACUUGACCAAAAAAUUAUUAGAAUAAAUGAAUUCAGUAAAGGUGCAGGAUACAAAAUCAAUAUACAGAAAUCUGUUGCAUUUCUAUACACUAAUAAUGAACUAUGAGAAAGAGAAAUUAAGAAAGCAAUCCAUUUACAACUGCAUCAAAAAGAAUAAAAUACAUAGGAAUAAAAUAACCAAGGAGGUGAAAGAUCUGUACUUUGAAAACUAUACAACACUGAAGAAAGAAAUUGAAGACAACACAAAUAAAUGGAAAGAUAUAACAUGCUCAUGGACUGGAAGAAUUAGUACUGUUUAAAUGUCCACUCUUCCCAAAGCAUCUACAGAUUCAAUGCAAACCCCAUCAAAAUAUCAAAGGCAUUUUUCACAGAAGUGGAACAAAUGGCCCUAAGAUUUGUAUGGAACCCAAAAGACCCAAAUAGCCAGAGCAAUUUUAAGAAAAAAGAACAAAACUGAGGUAUCAUACUCCCUGAUUUUAAACGAUACCACAAAACUACAGUAGUCAAAAAUGUAUGGUGUUGGCAUAAAAACAUAUACAUAGAUAAAUGGAACAGAAUAGAGAGCCCAGCAAUAAACCCAUGCUUAUGUGGUCAAUUAAUUUAGAACAAAGGAGCCAGGAAUAUACAAUGGGGAAAAGACAGACUCUUCAAUAACUGGUGUUGGGAAAACUGGACCACUUUCUUACACCACAUAUAAAAAUAAAUUCAAGGAUUUCCCUGGUGGUAUAGUGGUUAAGAAUCCGCCUGCCAAUGCAGGGGACACAGGUUGGAUCCCUGGUCCUAGAAGAUCCCACAUGCCACAGAGCAACUAAGCCCGUGCGCCUAGAGCCCAUGCUCCACAUCAAGAGAAGCCACCGCAAUGAGAAGCCCGUGCACUGCAACAAAGAGUAGCCCCCCGCAUGCCACAACUAGAGGAAGCCCGCGCACAGCAACGAAGACCCAACACAGCCAAAAAAAAAAAAAAAAAUUAAAA